CGAAAGACUACUACAAAUUAUCAUCAUUUCAAAAUGGCUACCAAUGCAUAUGCCGUCAAACAAUUAUUAACCAAGAUGCGUAAUCCAGAUGCAGAUUUCAGGUUUAUGGCAUUAACAGAUUUAGUCAGAGAGAUUACCUCUAGGGCUACUUUUCCUUCAUCUGAUAGAGGUUUUGGUUUAGAUGAAUCAACUGAAAAAGAAACUGUUGAUAUUGUACUUGAGUUAAUCAAUGAUAAAAAUACUGAAGUUAAAAAUCAAGCUGUUAAAACUUUAGGUGUUCUAGUUAGAAAUGUAGGUGAUCCAAGGAUGAUCAGUAUUGUGGAUAAAUUGGCGAUCUAUGGUAAAAGCGAUGAUGAACAACUUCGAGAUCUGUCUGGUCUAGCACUCAAAACAGUGGUGUCUGAAAUCCCCUCCGGCUCAAAGUUGGCACCGACAUUAUGUACAAGAUUGAUUCCUAGGCUGAUGGCUCAAUUACAAGAUGCCAACUCUACUCCCGAUAUCCUUUCUGCCAAUCUGGAUAUUCUUUCCGAUCUUUUGGUUCGAUUUGAUACUUAUUAUCGCGCCUAUCCUGCAGUACAACUCCAAUGUAUCAAAGUUCUUGAACCUCUGAUCGCCAACCCACGGCCGGCUGUCACUAAGCGAAGUGUCAUAGCUCUUGGAUCAUUAGCUGGCUGUUGUACGGAUGUCAACUUUGAAACAUUGAUUACCAAAGUGGUCAUGCCUCGACUCAAACAAGAAGAGGAUGUAGCAAAGCUCAAGAUCGCGACUCUCUUGGUAGGAGUCUUGGCGAAAACCUCAGCUGCUAGAUUGUCCCAGACAAUUUCUAACGUAGUACCACUGAUUAUCAGUGCUCAAAAUAAAAAAGACGACGAGUUAACCGAAACUUGCUUGCAAACAUUGGAAUCACUUCUUCUCAGAUUACCAAGUCAGAUGACAGGCUUCAUUCCUGCGGUGAUCGAUCUAGCAGCUCAAGCCAUCAAGCACGAUCCAAAUUACGCAGCGGAGGACACUGAUGACAUGGACGUGGACGAUGAAGGUGUAGAUGGCGAAGAAGAAGAUGACGAUGACGAGUAUUCUGAUGACGAUGAUGUAUCUUGGAAAGUUCGGAGAGCUGCUACCAAGCUCUUUUCGACUUUGAUCGUCACUCGAUUUGAAUUAUUACAAGAAUUUUACAAGUCGAUCUCGCCGGUUCUUAUCUCUCGGUUCAAUGAACGUGAAGAGAGUGUCAAAUUAGAAGUUUGGGCUACUUAUACUCAAUUAUUGAAACAAACUAAAUUACACAUUGGUUCUGAGCAUGAUGCCACACCUGCUGAACGAGGCCUUAAACGAAAACGAGCCAACCCUUCGGAAGGAGAAACUGCUAAUGGACCUCUUUCUGCAUUACGUUCUCAAGCUCCCGCUAUCACAAAAUCUAUCGUCAAGUGUUUAAGUUGUAAAUCAAUCCCAGUACGUCAAGCCGGAUUCGUACUCUUGUCGGAACUGAUUCAUGUACUCGGUGGUGGUCUUGAGACUCAAGUUUUACCUUUGAUGUCAAGAGUCGAAGCCUCCUUGAAGACCACUGAUGGGGGAAUUUCAGGCAUGGGUACUAAUCUCAAGAUCGAGGUUUACACUUUCUUAUCACUUUUUUUCACAACUCAUCAUCCUCGAUCAUUCAUGCCCGAGCUGCCCCGACUUGUAAAUCACUUGAUUAUCGGCAUCAAUGAUAAGUAUCACCGUAUCGCUAGUGAAGCCUUUAUUGCCGCCGCCUCUCUGGUCAAAAUUCUCAAGCCUUUGGCUCCAACUUCUCCUCUUUCUUUCAAUUCUUCGGCGGCACUAAAAGAAAUUUACGAGGCUACUCUUCAAAGAUUAACUUCAUCUAGCGCUGAUCAAGACGUAAAAGAACGAGCGGCCGUCUGUUUAGAAACCUUGAUUUCACAUGCUGCCGAUCAAUUUGAGACCGAUUUCCAAAAAUCUUUACCAAUCUUGACUCAACGUCUCGAAAAUGAGAUCACCCGAACUAGUGCUUUAAAAGUAGUGACGAAUAUUGCUAGAUCUUCUGUGCCUAAAGGAGAAGCAUUCGAUCAAUGGAUUCAAGAUAUUCUACCUCUUACAGCUGCCUUUUUGAGGAAGAACAAUCGAGCUUUGAAGAUCUCAUGUUUUGAAUGUUUGAAUGCACUCCUUCAACGUAUUCCUGGCAAACUACGUUUGGAUACGAUUCAUUCAUUAGUGUCUGAUUUACAUCCACUCAUCAAUAGUUCUGAUCCCCAUUUAUUACCUCUUGCCUUCAAGACUUUGGGAUUGAUUUUCCCUUUGGCAUCUGAUUUGACAUCUACUGAUAGAGAUGCUAUCAUGGCACCUGUUUACCUUAUCAUGAAGUCAUCAGCCAUUUCACAAACAUCUGCUUUAGAAGGACUCAUUACACUCUUUACAUCAAUUAUUCAAUCAGGAUUAGAUAAUGCAUCUAACUUACUUGAUGCAAGUAAUGCUAGUCAUGCCACUGGACUUCAAUCUUAUCAAACUGUUUCACGUUGUAUCGGUGCAGUGAUUCGUACGGAUCCUUCGGUUGGAAUCUCUACUGUUACUAAAUUCUCAAAUUCUUUACGAAACGAUCCGAAUGAUGAGAAGGUCUUGAGUUAUUUUAGUUUACUUUGUCUAGGUGAAUUAGGUAGAGUUGUUGAUUUAUCUACACAACCUGAUGUGUUUGAAAGUGCGAUUGCUCGAUUUAGUUCUUCUUCAGAAGAUAUUAGGAAUGCAGCUGCUUUUGCGAUUGGUAAUAUCGCGGCCGGCAGUUCCAAUAACUUUUUACCUGAGAUUUUCAAAUUGAUGCAAGGAGAUAAGAAACAAAGAUAUAUUGUUUUACAAGCCCUCAAAGAGUUUAUUACUCAUGUUCCUAGUCAUAGUUUGGCUCAUCAUGCAGAUACUUUAUGGGAUCCUUUGUUUGAUGAUAUUGAUGUAGGGGUUGAGAUGUGUAGGAAUGUUGCGGCUGAAUGUUUAGGAAAAUUGACACUUUCUGAUCCAUUGAAGUAUUUACCUCGUUUGCAAGAACGACUUAAAUCAAGUUCAUCUCACAUCCGAAUGACAUGUGUAACUUCAAUUCGAUUCACAUUAACAGAUGACACAGCAGGAUUUGAUGAACACUUAGGACCCUUCUUAACCGAUUUCUUAAUCCAUAUAAGAGAUACUGAUUUAUCGGUUAGAGCAUUAGCUUUAUCAGUUUUAGAUUCAGCUACACAUAAUAAACCAGAAUUGAUUAAAGAUAUCUUGGGAGAAUUGUUACCGUUGCUUUAUGCUGAAACUGUGGUGGAUCAAAGUUUGGUUCGGUUUGUGGAAAUGGGUCCGUUUAAACAUCGGGUUGAUGAUGGACUUGAAACUCGAAAGUUGGCUUACUCUACUAUGUUAACUUUGUUGGAUAUGUGUUUAAGUAAAAUUGAUAUUAAUGAGUUUACUGAUCGAGUUUUGAAUGGGAUUUCAGAUGAAGAUGAAAUUAAAGUACUUUGUUAUUUGAUGUUGAUUAGACUUUCACAUAUUGCACCAGCUACAGUUGCUCCAAGACUUGAUCAAUCUACUGAAGCAUUUUCAGCUAUUAUCAACUUAAAACUAAAAGAUAAUGCAGUUAAACAAGAUCUUGAACGAACAGCAGAAUUACAAAGAUCAGCAUUACGAGCGAUGGUAGCCUUGUUACCACUUUCUUCUCCUGCUGUUUCACCUAAGUUUUGUCAAUUGAUUAGAGAUACUAAUCAUCACGCUACUUUGGGAAUGGAGUUCAAAGAUUUGAUUAAUAAACGAAAUUUAUCUUCUUUAGGUUAUGUUACUAACAAUCAUGGCGGUGGGAAUAGUAUGAACUGAUUGAGAUUUAUCAAAAAAUAUAGAUGGAUUGUGAAGAUCUCUUUUGAUGAUAGUAGUAGUAGUAGUAGUGGUGCUGGGAUAUGGAUUUAGUUCAAAUGAUAGAAGGAGGGAGAAGAAGGAUUGUGUUUAGGAAGAGAAAGUAUAGAUUCAUUUUUCAUAAACAAGUCGGAAAAAAAUGAAGAGAAGAUUUUGUAGAGAUUUUUAUCGUUAUAGGUUUUCUGAAUUGAAUUUAUUUUAUUUUUGAAUUACAUAGAUGGAAAAAAAAGUAUAAGAAAUAGUUUUAUGGGUUUUGAUGAUUAUGAUUAAGUGUUUUAUAAAGUCUUGUUAGAUAUCUUUUUGUAAUUUGCAAGGUUUUUUUAUGAUG